AUGUCGCUAUCCCUCCCUGGACCCUCCCAAGCGGGUCUCUUCAAACCGGGAUAUCAAAGUCACGAUUCCGAAGAUGGAGCCGUCAUUCGAAACAUUGAAGCCUGUCAGGCUAUCUCUGGAACCGUCCAGACCUCUCUCGGUCCCUAUGGCCGCAACAAGAUUGUCAUCAACCACCUGCAGAAGAUGAUCUUGACCUCCGACGCUGCUACGAUUCUGCGUGAACUCGAUGUUGUCCACCCUGCUGCUAAGCUGCUUGUGAUGGCUAGUCAACAGCAGGAUGCGGAGAUGGGUGAUGGAACCAACCUGGUUAUUGUUCUGGCGGGCGAGUUUCUCAAGAAGGCAGAGGAGCUUAUCCGUAUGGGAUUGAAGACUAGUGAUAUUGUUUCGGGUUACGAGAAGGCACAGAACUACGCUCUCAAGGUUUUAGAGGAUCUCGAGGUCGACCGACUCCAGGAGAUGCGCUCCGUGACAGAACUCAGCAAGGCUCUACGAACAGUUGUUGCUAGCAAGCAAUCUGGUACCGAAGAUGCCCUGGCAGCAUUGGUAGCGGAGGCAGUUCUGGCAGUUCUGCCUAAGAACCCGCUCAACUUCAACGUCGAUAACGUGCGUGUUGUUAAGAUCAUGGGUGGUAGCUUGGAACAAUCUAAGGUUGUGAAGGGUAUGGUGUUUGGACGUGAGCCAGAUGGAAUUAUCAAGUCCGCUAGCAGGGCUAAGGUUGGUGUGUUCAGCUGCCCAAUUGAUGUCUCCCAAACCGAGACCAAGGGUACUGUUCUGCUUAAGAAUGCCCAGGAGAUGGUGGACUACACCAAGGGUGAGGAGGAGCGCCUCGAGACUGCCAUCAAGGAGCUGUAUGACUCCGGUCUGCGUGUGGUCGUUGCUGGCUCCACCGUUGGCGAUCUCGCCCUUCACUACCUCAACCGCUUCAACAUCCUCGUGAUUAAGAUUCUGUCUAAGUUCGAGCUCCGUCGCCUGUGCCGCGUAGUCGGUGCCACCCCUCUCGCCCGUCUGGGUGCCCCAAUGCCCGAUGAGAUGGGUCAAGUCGAUGUUGUCGAGACCACUGAAAUCGGUGGUGACCGAGUCACUGUUUUCCGCCAAGAAGAUGCCAACGCCGUGACACGCACUGCCACCAUCGUUCUCCGUGGUGCUACCCAGAACCACCUGGAUGAUGUUGAGCGCGCCAUCGACGACGGCGUCAACGUCGUCAAGGCUAUCACCAAGGACCCCCGCCUGGUCCCCGGUGCCGGAGCCACCGAGAUCCAACUCGUGGAGCGUAUCACUAACUUCGCCGACAAGACCCCCGGUCUGCCCCAGCACGCUAUCCGCAAAUACGCCGAGGCCUUCGAAGUCAUCCCCCGCACACUUGCUGAAUCCGCCGGUCUCGACGCCACCGAGACUCUCUCCCGCCUUUACACCGCACACCACCGCGCCACAGAGAAGGAAGAGGAGGGCUCAUCCGAGGAUGAAGAGCCCUUCUGGACUACCGGUGUGGAUCUGGAAGUUGGUGGUGAUUCGGACGGUACCCUUGAUGCUGUGGAGGAGGGUAUUCUUGACCUCUUGGCAACGAAGAGCUGGGCUAUUCGUCUGGCCAGUGAGUCCGCACGCACUGUGCUGAGCGUCGACCAGAUCAUCGUCGCUCGCCAGGCUGGUGGACCUAAGCCACCUGGUCCCAACCCCAACUGGGAUGAGGAUUAA